GUUAAACCGAAACCUUCACCACGAUCUUUUUUCUAUCUCCUGAGAAGGCCAUUGUUUGCAGAGGAUCUACCUGAAGAAGCGCAAGCCACUAAUCUGACAAAAUGCACGUUCGUAGAGUUCCGGCAUCCUUCCUAUCAACUAACAAACAUUACAAUUGAUUUCAGGGUUACAAUGCUGGCCUUGUCAAUCUUGGCAACACGAUCUACAUGA